AUGAAUCCCACGGAAAUAGCAGACACCACUAUAGAUGAAAUCAGUUAUUACAGCAUCUAUGACGGUAUCCCCCAACCUUGCACCAAAGAAGGCAUCAAGGCCUUUGGGGGACUCUUCCUGCCACCCCUCUACUCCCUGGUCUUUCUGUUUGGUCUGCUUGGCAAUGCGACUGUGGUCCUGGUCCUCUUCAAAUACAAGAGGCUCAAAUCCAUGACGGAUGUAUAUCUUCUCAACCUGGCCGUCUCGGACCUGCUCUUCGUCUUCUCGCUCCCUUUCUGGGGCUACUACGCUGCAGACCAGUGGGUCUUUGGCCUUGUGCUCUGCAAAAUGAUCUCGUGGGUGUACUUGGUGGGCUUUUUCAGCGGCAUUUUCUUCAUCGUGCUCAUGAGCAUUGACCGCUACCUGGCCAUUGUGCACGCGGUAUUCUCCUUGAAAGCGAGAACUGUCAAAUAUGGGGUGCUCACCAGCGUGGCCACAUGGGCAGUGGCCAUCAUCGCCGCCCUCCCCAACCUCUUAUUCAGCACUUCUUACUCGGAGCGCAACCACACCUCCUGCAAAAUCAAGUUUGCUUCCAACGCCACCGGGUGGAAGGUCCUGAGCUCCCUGGAGAUCAACGUUCUGGGGCUGGUGCUGCCCAUGGCGGUCAUGCUGUUCUGCUACUCCAAGAUCAUCAGGACCUUGCAGCAGUGUAAGAACGAGAAGAAGAACAAGGCCAUCAAGAUGAUCUUGGCCGUUGUGGUCCUCUUCCUGGGAUUCUGGACCCCCUACAACGUGGUCCUGUUCCUGGAAAGUCUUGUGGAGCUGGAGAUCCUUCAGGACUGUGCCUUGGAAAGACAUCUGGACUACGCCCUCCAGGCCACCGAGACGCUGGCUUUUGUGCACUGCUGCCUGAACCCCAUCAUUUACUUCUUUCUGGGGGAGAAAUUCCGCACAUACAUUGUGAAGCUCUUCAAGAGCUGUAAGGGCCCUCUAGGGUUCUGCCAAGACUGCAGAUUCCUCCAGGCUUCUUCCUCUGACACCCCCAGCUCUUCCUACACACAAUCCACUGUGGAUCACGACCGCUACGAUGCCCUGUAACACGAAAAAAGCCUCCAAAGUAGGUGAAAAAGCUUCCCCAGUUAA